AUGGCAACUCUAGACCCAACCCUCAACUUCUGGGGAGUCCUCUUCGAAUCCAAACAAAUCAUCAAAGCCCACUCUCGCCACUUCCUCGCCCUCACCGUCAUCUUCCUCUUCCCCCUCUCUUUCUCUCUCAUCAUCUACCCAACUUUCCAAACCACUCUCUCUUCCCAACCCAAACACAUCCGAAUCCUCCUCUCCCACCCAACCCAAAUCUCCAAUUACUCUCACCAAACCCUAGCUCUCCCCCUCAUCUUCACCCUCUACGUCUCCAUCUUCUCUCUCUGCGCAAUUGGCACAAUCACCUACAGCACCUACCACGGCUUCUACGGUAGACCCGUCAAACUCGCCUCCGCCAUCAAAUCCCUCUUCUACUCCUUCAUCCCGCUCGCCAUCACAACAAUCUUCUCCCAAAUCGUGGUCUUUAUAAUUUGCGCCUCUUUCGCGGUUUUGGUGCCCCAACUGGCUGAGAUUCUAGGGUUUGAUGUUGAUUACAAUUCGAAUUAUUUUCUGGGUUUUUGUGUUGUGGUUUCAGUGAUUUUGUUAUUGUUGUUAGUUCGUCUGCAAGUGAAUUGGGCAUUGGCGUGUGUGAUUGUGGUGGUGGAAUCGAAAUGGGGGUUCGAGCCGUUGCGGCGGAGCACGUAUUUGAUGAAGGGGAUGAGACCGGUUUCGUUGUAUUUGAUACUGUUUUUUGGGGCUGUGAUUGGGGUUUCUGUGUGGAUUUGCUCGGGGUCUUUCUCGGGCAGUUUCAGUGAUGUAUGGAAAUGCUUGUCUUUUGUUCUUCAGACGGUGUUGGGUUCGAGCAUUGUGGCUAUGUUUUUGCUUCAGAAUUUGGCUUCUAAUACUGUGUUGUAUAUGUACUGUAAGGCUUUGCGUGGUGAACUGGCUGGGGCGAUUGCUGAGGAGUUUGCUGGCGAGUAUGUUACUUUGCCUUUUGAUGAUGCCAAGGUUCCUCAUGUUGUCUUUGUUGCCCAAGCUUAA